UCUAGCUCUUGUCUUGCUCGCAGCCCCCAUCUUGAUAAUUUUCGGCAUAUGGAACGGUAGAUGUUGGCACGUUUUUAUCUGAUGAUAAAAUUUCAGCACAGCAACUUGUGAUUCAGGGAAGUGAAAUGGAAUCUUGGCUGUUUGCCAUACUGUGUAUUAUAGUUCCAGCUUCCAAUGCAGCACGAUGUGACAGCCCAUUGCUGGAGGGCUCAGAAAUGAUAGCCACCUCUGCAAUGAGUGGCAGAGAGGCCAAACGUGCCAGGCUGCAUGGCGACGGCGCGUGGACGUCCCGCUUCUCCAACGUAGGCCAGAGCGUGACGGUGGACUUGGGCGAGGUGUACCGGAUCACGCGGGUGGCCACGCAGGGCCGCGCCGCCUCCAGCGAGUGGGUCAGCCAGUACGGGCUGCAGUACGGCUUCAACGGCCGCGACUUCAUGGACUACCGCGGUCCGCACGGCGGCGCCUGGGAGUUCCGGGGGAACAGCGACGGCGACUCGGUGGCCUCCAACCGGCUGGAGACAGCCGUGGUGGCCCGGUUCGUCCGGCUGCGCCCCACCAGCUGGGAGGAGCGCAUGUCGCUCCGGCUGGAGCUGUACGGCUGCACAUACAACGCCGUCACUAUGUCCUUCAACGGCAACGCGUUCGUAGAGAAGAAUCUCACUGUACACCAAGUGCACUCCAUGUACGACAGAAUCCAAUUCAGGUUCCGGACAGCCCAGCCCAACGGCGUCAUGCUGUACAGCCACGGAGCCCAGGGUGACUUGCUCGCGCUCCAGUUGGUGGAGAACAAGCUGCGCCUGCAGAUAGAUCUGGGCUCUGGUCAGCUGACCAGUCUGUCGGUCGGCUCGCUGCUCGAUGAUCACCUGUGGCAUGACGUGGCCAUUGAGCGGCGUGAGCGCGCGCUCAGUCUCACCGUGGACCGGGUCCGAGUCAGCACGGAGGUCAGCGGCGACUUCCGACGGCUCGACCUGACCAGCCAGCUCUACCUCGGCGGCGUGCCGUACAUCAAAGAAGGCGUCGUGGUGUACAGCAACUUCUCCGGCUGCAUUGAGAAUUUCUACCUGAACAACUCAAACUUUAUCGCCGAGCUGCGUGACGGCAAUCAGGACUACAGCAGCUUCGGCGGGGAGUACAACUGCCCGGCGGUGCACACAGUGCCGAUGACCUUCAAGGAUCGGUCGGCCUAUAUCAAGGUCGACGGAAACGAGGGUCAGACGCAGCUGAACAUUUCGUUUGGGUUCCGCACGUAUGAGGAAGACGGCGUCAUGGCCUUCCACAAGUUUCUUAGCUCUGGAUACGUGAAGGUGUACCUGCAGAAGGGUCGCUUCAACGUGGCCAUCCUGACGGACGGUCUGAAGCAGCCGGUGGUGCUCGACCCGUUCGAGGGCCUCUACAACGACGGCAGCUGGCACGCGGUCACCGUGGCGCUGGCCGAGAACAGCGCCGUCACCGUCAUCGACGGCUACCCCAUGUACACGCGCCGGCUGAUGCGGUUCACCUCGGGCGUCGAGUACCUGUUCGGCGGUGGCUUGUCUGGAGCGGAGAAUCUGGGCUUCCUGGGCUGCAUGAGGAGGUUCUCGGCUGGCGGUGGCCAGCACAGCCCACUCGCCCUGGGACCACAGAACAAGUUCAACGCCCGCUACCUGCUGAUCGACGCGUGCGACAUGGAGGACCGGUGCAACCCGAACCCGUGCGAGCACGGCGGCGUGUGCAGGCAGAGCUCGGUCGAGUUCUCGUGCGACUGCCGCGGCACGGGUUACGCCGGAGCCGUCUGUCACGCCACGACAAACCCGCUGUCGUGCGCGCAGUACUUCCUCAUCAGCCGGUCAGAGCGGCGGUCGCGCGUGAAGAUCGACGUGGACGGUUCCGGCCCGCUGCCGGCGUUCCCUGUGACGUGCGUGCGCACGCCCGAGGGCCAGAUGGAGACACAUCUCGAGCACGACGUGCGCGGUGAUCAGCUGGUGGACGGCUUCGAGCGGCGCGGCAGCUUCGUGCAGGACGUGACGUACGAGGCGGACAUGCGCCAGGUGGAGCGGCUGGUGAACGGCUCGCUGAGGUGCCGGCAGGAGCUGUUCUACGCGUGCCGCCGCUCGCGCCUGCUCAACACACCCGUCCGCCAGGACGAGCUGUUCGAGCCGUACUCGUGGUGGGUGUCGCGCCACAACGAGGUCAUGGACUACUGGGGCGGCUCGCAGCCGGGCAGCCGCAAGUGCCAGUGCGGCAUCCUCAAAACCUGCGUCGACCGCACCAAGCACUGCAACUGUGACUCCGGCCGGGCCGCCGAGACGUCGGACGGCGGCGACCUGAUGUUCAAGGAGCAUCUGCCCGUGCGGCAGCUGCGCUUCGGCGACACGGGCUCACCGGGCGACUCGAAGCGCGGCAUCUUCCGGCUGGGCAGCCUGGUCUGCGAGGGUGACGCCAUCUUCGAUAACACGGUGACGUUCCGGAUCGCGGACGCCAUCAUCGACCUGCCGUCCAUCGACAUGGGCUUCAGCGGCGACAUCUACUUCGAGUUCAAGACCGCCAAAGAGUCCGGCACCUUCUUCCACAUCGAGGGCCCCCAGGACUUUUUGAAGGUCUCUAUUGAGGGCGGCAACGUGAUCCAGCUGAAGUACGGGGUGGGCGGAGUGCCGCUCAGCGUCUCGGUCGGGGUCAGCAGCCGCCUGAACGAUGACAGCUGGCACACAGUGCUGAUCGAGCGCAACCGCAAGCAGGGCCGCCUGCUGCUCGACAACGCCAUCGCACGCGAGGUGGCCGAGCCGGCCGGGCCCGUGCGCUCCAUGCGCUUCACGUCAAAGCUAGUGGUCGGCGCCAACACCAAUUACCGGAACGGCUUCGUUGGCUGCAUGCGCGCGCUGAUGGUGAACGGCCAGCUGCAGAACAUCAAGUACCUGGCCGAGCACGGCUGGCACGGCGGCCCGCUGUACGGCCUGUCGGCCGGCUGCCAGGGCAAGUGCGCCAGCGCGCCCUGCCUCAACAACGGCACCUGCGUCGAGGGCUACUCCGACUACACGUGCAACUGCCGCUGGACGGCCUUCAAGGGCCCGAUCUGCGCCGACGAGAUCGGUGUCAGUCUGAACCGCGACUACAUGAUCAAGUACGAGCUAGAGGGAAGCUACAAGACCACCAUCUCCGAGAGCAUCCGCGUGGGCUUCACCACCACCAGCCCGUCCGGCUUCCUGCUCGGCCUCCACUCCGACAUCAGCAAGGAGUACAUGACCAUCAUGGUCUCCAACAGCGGCCACAUCCGAGUGGUGUUCGACUUCGGCUUCGAGCGGCGGGAUGUCGUCUACCCGGACCGCAUCUUCAACGAGGGCCAGUUCCACGAUGUGCGCGUGCGCCGGCUGAACAGGAACGGCGCCUCGGCGCUCCAGAUACAGGUGGACAACUACCCGCCGUACGAGGAGUCGUUCGCCGUCAACCCGUCGGCGGACGUGCAGUUCAACAACAUCCAGUACCUGUACAUUGGCAAGAACGAGAGCAUGCUGGAGGGCUUCGUCGGUUGCAUCAGCCGCGUCGAGUUCGACGACAUCUACCCGCUGAAGCUCAUGUUCCAGGAGAACCGGCCGACCAACAUCAUGGGCAGCUCACCCAAGAUCCACGAGGACUACUGCGGCAUCCAGCCGCUGCGGCACCCGGAGGAGGUGCCCGAGCAGCGGCCGCUGCCAGAGGUCGACGAGAGCAUCGUCAGCUCACUCUACAACGACAUCAACUUCGCCGUGCUGGCGGGCGUGCUGUGUGCGCUGCUGCUGGCCGUCCUGCUGGUGGCCUUGCUGUUGACGCGGCGAGCGUCACGGCUCAAGGGCAACUACCUGACACGCGAGGACGCCGGUGCCAGCGACGCCGAGGACGCCGAUGAGGCCGUGGCGCAGGGAGAGACGGGGCCGCAAGUGCAGAAGAUGCGAGAGUUCUUCAUCUGAGCAGCGGACGUGCAGCGCCGCGCGCCGUCGAGUCCGGCCGUGGGCCAUUGAAGGGACGCCGGUGCCCGAUAGAGUGUGCUUCUCGGGUUUGGGGAUGCUGGGCCGUCGGACCGGCCGCGGCCGGCGAGCGGGGGACUGCGUGGCCGGUGCUGUAGCGGGUGGCCAUGAAGCCAGUGGCGAGCUCGGGUCAGCGCGGGCCGCCCGCGGCCGUCUGCUGCCUGUCGGCCCGACGGUCGCUCCGGCCACGCCGGGGUCCGCCGGUCACGGAGGCCGUGUCUCGACGGCUCCGAGGGGUCCAUGCCGUCCAAGAACGCCGCUGCCUCCCCUGCAUUGGAUGGGUGCAACACCGCGAGCUCUGUCGGUCGGCUUUGCGCCCUCCAGCGGUCGGCUGGAGGCCGCGUGUGGCCCCGCCCUGCGCGAAAGAGUGCUGGUGAGAUUUCCGUCCCGUCACGGCGAGUCUCUGCCACCUCCCGCCGCGCAACGCAUCGUCGGACGUUUUUCCGCCCGCCGGCCCGUUGAAGGCGUCCACGGCGAGUCAUCGUCGCCGCCGACAAAAACGGCGGUCGGCGCGGCACGGCGCGUCCUUUUUCCCCGCGCUCGGCGGAAUUCCUGGCGGACGUUUUUGCCGGCGCUCCGGGCGGCGCCGAGUCGAUGGUUUCUUCUGUGACUGGGCGAUAACGGUGAGGUGUUGUUUGCGGCGGGCGCCGCUGACGGGUGCGGCCCGGGCCAGGAGGCGCGCUGUGUCGGAUGUUGUCCAGCGCCGCGGUCUGGCGCGAGUCGAGCCGCCUCGCGGCCGGCCGGCCACAAGCCUCCCACUGAGGGCUCGUCGUGUUUGUUGUGUUAUGAUCAGAUGCGGCAGCCGGUUGUUCUGCGCUGGCUGGUUGACUCCCUGUGUGCGUGGCCACGUGCCCUGGCGCAGGACUAGGGGUGGUUUGCGAGCACCGCUGGGAUUGUUUCGGCGCGUCGCAUCGCGCAUCAUUAUUCUACGUUUACUGAGGCACGCUGGUACAAAGCAUUUGUGUGAAUGCUGUUAUGUCUGCACUAGAUGACUGACUGAAGUGCCUUAUGUUGGAAAUGUCGGAGCUUCAAACGAGGGAGAGAGGGAGGGGGAGAAACUCAUCGUGUGUCCGAUGCUCUGUUCGGGGUCUUAUACCAAUAAUUUGUAUAUGGCAGUAGGUUUACUGCGCCCAUCGGCUGUUUUCCAUUAACAAAGACAGUGUGACGUGUCUUUAACCCUGUGUGCCGUCCAUUGUCCAGCGAGAGUUCUCUCUCCACCAGCGUUGUGCGUUGCCGUGAUGCUGUCGGUGUUCGCUGCGUUUCCUGUGGGCCUCGUCUCACGACCCCAUGAUCUUGGCACGCUUACGCAACCACUUCCGUCCAGUCCCCGUCCAUUUUAGGAUUGCUUCCGUCUUGAUCGUGUUUUGGCCGUGUUUUACCUGCACCCCGCCGGGCCGCCCGUCCCGACCUGGCGCGCCGCCCGAGCUGCGAUGCGUUCCCCUGGUUCUGCCGGUGGCCGACGGCCGGCUGACACACUGGCCCGACCUCGGCCGUCAGCGUCACUGGGCCUGGACAUGUUCUCUAGAGUUGUUGAGGCCUUUUGACAGGACUCCUGACUGCUGACUAUGGUGCUUUUUAACUUUGUACAAUACAGCAUUAUGCGCAUA